UUAGGUACGUGGAGGUCUUGUGAUAAAGUGGGUAGCAUUCUCGCCACUAAGUCAGGAACUCCUGAUUCACGUCCCAUUCACAUCAGGAAUUCACGGCCAAAGAGCAUGUGAUCAUAAUGCAGACAAAGUUGAUUGUCAACCUGCAAAUCUUUCCAACAUUGUGCAAUAGCAGGCAAGUCUUACAGUUGUCUCCUACGUGACCUGUUACAUCUAUUUGUUUGGUUGUUACUCGUGAGAAGAGUAGAUCUGACCGGCUGCAAUACAGUCAUUUGCAGUUGCCACUCGCUGAACGGAUUCUCCCAGAACAAGAAAAACUAAAUUCCACACAUAAGGUAAAUCAUGGAUUUAUCUGAUGCAGGAGAGGAUAGUUCCAUGUUGGACUGCACCUCUAUGGAUGACAACAGUUAUGAGUUCAGAAUAUUGAUGGCCUAUGCACAAAGGACUUUGCCUAUGGCUAAAGUAACUAAAACUGGUAAAAAGGAAGCAGACAUGCCUUCAAUUGGAGUGAGCAGUUUGAGUGCAUCAAAAGUUGAACAACGUCAAACAGACAAAAUCCAAUUUGAUAGAAAAGUGAAAAGUCACGAUCGUAAAUUCAAACACAGAAGGAAACCCCUAUGGAAAAGGAUCCCAUGUUUACGAGGAGAAACAGACAAAUCUGACAUUGACUUCAAAGAACAAGGAAUAAAUGAAGAAGAUAAGAUGGAAUUCAAAUCUUCACAUGAAUUUGCUUUUCCAGACACUAUACAACAAAAUUCAGAGCUUUCUGUCAAUGAUCAGAUUGCUGAAAUGUUGCAGGAGAUUAUGAACUCCACAAUGCAGAAAGGUACCUUCAGGAUGCUUCGUUCCUGUAGUUUGGAAGUUGAUGGAGCUGAAGAUCAUCAGAAAGCCAUAGACUGGAUUAUUGCACUAUUGACCACUGAAGGAGACCAUAUAGAUGAAGAAAUUAAAAAGGACCCCCAGUUUAGCAAACUAUUUGGUGAAAGGUCAUCUUUUUCAAUUUUUAAAACAAUUAUGGAUUCUGUUCUUGAAGCAACCGUGCCUGCAGAAACAAAUUCUGAAAUGGACAGUCAAACAGAAGGAAACUUGAAGAAGAUUGCCUUUGUUGUACAUGCAACCACUAGAUUUGCAGCUGCUGGUUAUCACCCAGUGGCUCGAAUUAUGGGUUUUGGAGCAAAGUAUUUGCAGGAACACUAUACUACCUGGGUCAUGCAGAAGGGAGGAUGGGUAAGUUGAUAUGGCAAAUUCUUAAACAUUUAAUCUUGCUUUCUCCUUGAUGAAUAUAUCUCCGUAAACACCAGAGAAAUGUUUCAGUCUGGUUAACUGGCUCAUGAACCCCCACAAGCAUUUGUCGAUGAAUCACCAUUAUGUAAGUUUACAUUGCCUUUGACAUUUGAAAUUCCUUCCCGCAUCAAUUAAAUUUCUUCUCACUUUACCUUACAAAUCGAUAGCCUUGUUCUACCCCAUUUCUACAGUCUGCUCCAAUUCUGCAUCCUUUCCAGAUUCUAUCGUGUGAUAGAUCCUUGCUGAAACCACCUUGGUGCCUUAAACAUUUCCAAGGUUUUUGAUGUACAAGGAGCCUGUGUGUGGUUUCUCCUCUGGCUAGGGGUCACUUGGCACUGUCUCUGUGGGGAAGAGGCACCUGGAGUGAAUAGCAGGUUCCCUGACCCCUGUUGCCAUCCCUUUGGUCCUGAGGAUCAGGGGCUUGGGGGGGCGAAGGAAUGAAGGUAUAUGCACACCUCCAGCAAACCCUUAGUGUGCUUUACUGGCUCUCCAUGGCAGAUGCCAACCUAACCAUGGUGGCAGCCAGACAGUUGCAUGAUUCACUUCACUGCUACAACUUGUGGACAAUGAGGGGCAUUGUGUACUAUAUACCCCUGUCUGUCAUUCCUCUUCCUCCCUGUGCAUUUGCUCCCUGAUUACUGACACCACAGUGUUAUCUCCCUACCUGAAGUUGAGCAAGUGCCUGGGUGUUUCUAUCUUGUCCAGCUGCAGAGCAAAGUGUUCACCAGGUUGUGUUCCCAAGCUUUCUAAGACUUACAUUCCCACCGAGGGGCCAGUGUCUGAGCUGGUGGGGCAUACAGCCAUGCUGAUGCUUCCUCUGAGGCCUCAAUAUUCUGCCCUCCAAGAUUAAGGAGGUGGCUUCUAACAAAGCUGACUGUUUCUUCAUGGAGGUGACAGGGAUACAAUGCAGAGAGAAGAAAUCACAGCCAUUGGUUAGAAAUGAAUGACGCUGCCAGUGGGAUUAAAGUGACAGCUGCAAUGAAAUAAAGAAAGGUGCUUACUGAGUUGGGAGAAUGUCAAAGUCUCAGUAUCUCUGCAGGAGUGACACCAGUCUUUUCCUAUGAGGACCAGGACUGUCUCUUUGUAGGAGGUGAGGAGUCAAAUGUUUGGCAACCUGCCAUCUGUCUGGGCAUUUUUG